CCCAAGUCACCUUCCCUCCACUUCCAAAAGUCGCAAGCAAACAAUCGUCCAGUCAAACAAAUCCAACAAUGGACGGUUACGACGCUCUUGACGCAGCCACGGCGUCAUACACAGAGUCGCGUGGAGGCGAUGACGACCGCUACCGCAGCCACCGCGACGACCGUGACAGGGAACGGCGCCACCGUGAUGACCGCGAAGACAGGCACAGCCAUCGCGAUGAUCGCGACCGCCGCGACCGGGACCGCGACUAUGGACGAGACCGUGAUCGCGAGCGAGACCGCGACCGUGACCGCGACUACCGCCGCGACGACAGGGACCGCUACGACCGCGGCGACAGGUACGACCGCGACCGCAGACGGGAUCGCGGUGAGGACCGCUACGAUCGUGGCGGCGACCGGUCAGACCCGUACGCUGCGCCGAUGCGCGGCAGCUCCCCCCCUCGCAGGAGGCACGACGACCGUGGCGACUGGCGCCAUGGUGGAGACGACUAUGGAGGAAGAGGCGGCGGCGGCGGUGGUGGCCGCGGACGCCGGCGCGACUCGCCCCGCCGUUCCCCUACACCCCCGGGCACUCUUCCUCUCGAGGCUCGUCACGUCGAGACCUCGCUCUGGGACAUUGCCCCUCCCCAGUUUGAGGGUAUCAGCGCUUUGGAAGCCAAGAUGACUGGCAUGUUCACCUACGGCCCCGGACGUGUCCCCCCGCCCUUACACCUCGGCCUGCCCUCGUCGUUUGCGGCUGGCAUGCUCAACCCCCUGCGACAGAGCAAGCGGUUGUACAUCGGUGGUAUCACCGAGACGAUGACUGAGGACCAGCUCAAGACCCACUUCAACAACCUCAUGCUCGAGAACAAGAUUGGCGCUGAAGAGCCGGGAGACCCCGUGCAAACCGUCCAGGUCAACACGGAGAAGCAGUACGCGUUCAUCGAGUUCCGCACGGGAGAGGAGGCUUCGGCCGCCAUGCAGUUUGACGGUACCAUGCUCGGCGACGUGGCGCUCCGGGUCAAGAGGCCCAAGGACUACGUCGGCAUUGACCCCAGCCUUGGGUUCAUGGGCGUGGGCGGCGACUCCAACAACAAGCUCUUUGUCGGCGGAUUGCCUACCAACCUCACGAGCGAGCAGGUCAUGGAGCUUCUCAAGUCGUUCGGCGAGCUCCGUACCUUCAACCUUGUCAAGGAAGGUAACGGCUCCGUGUCCAAGGGCUUUGCUUUCGUCGAGUACCUCGACCCGACUGUCACCGACAUGGCAAUCCAGGGUCUUCACGGCUUCCAGCUUGGUGACCGCGCCCUCGUUGUUCAGCGUGCAGCUACGACGGGUCGCGCUAGCGCCGCGCUGCCCAACGUUCCUGGAACCGCCGCGUUCCUCGCCCAGUCCAACAUUCUUGAGAAUGCCGACGCCGACGCUCCUCUCUCUCAGGUCAUGCUCAUGCUCAACAUGGUUACUGCGGACGAGCUGUACGACGACCAGGAGUAUGGAGAGAUUCUUGAGGACAUUCGCGACGAGUGCUCCAAGUAUGGCGAGGUCAAGGGUGUGCGUAUUCCCCGCCCCGUUCCCAAGAGCACCAAGUGGGAGCCGUCCGACAGCGCUGCCCAGACGGCCGAGAAGAACCGCAAGCUCGACGAGGAGAAUGGUGUGGGCCGCGUGUAUGUCAUGUACGCCGACAUUCCUUCCGCCGAAAAGGCAAUGAAGGCGCUCGGUGGCCGUCAGUUUGGCGGCCGCACCAUCCUCGUGGCCAGCGUCAGCGAGGAGGAGUUCCUCGGCCCCGCGCCACCACCUCCUCCCAGCCCGCCUCCCGCACCAGAAGACGAGGGCGGCGCUCCCCCUCCCCCGCCCCCGCCGCCUCCAGAGGAGGACCUUGACAAGACUGCGGCCGAUGCCUUGAACGACAUCUUGGGUUAGCGUAGUGUACACAAGAGGGUGCUGGCGUGACGAGUCGUGACAUACAUGCUCAUGCAGACCAAAAUGUUCUGCCGAAAGGCCAGCCACCGUGACAGGUGGCAUCAGGCUAGCCCCGACGCCGUUACAGAGUGUUCUGCAAACUUUACUCCGGCAAUGUUAUCUUUGCUGCUGCAGCCAAAUGCUAUGCAUUGUUGUGACGGGCCC